AUGCGUUAUCUGACAGACUCAGUGAAGCAGCAGUACUUGAGCUUCCUACUGAAUAGGAAGACGUUUCUUUACCACUUCAAAAAUGUCCGCUGGGCCAGGGGUCGACAUGAGACCUACCUGUGCUAUGUGGUGAAGCGGCGGGAUAGUGCCACCUCCUUUUCACUGGACUUUGGUCACCUUCGCAACAAGUCCGGUUGCCACGUGGAGUUGCUGUUCCUUCGCUACAUCUCAGACUGGGACCUGGACCCUGGCCGGAUCUACCGCGUCACCUGGUUUACCUCCUGGAGCCCCUGCUAUGACUGUGCCCGGCACGUGGCCGACUUUCUGAGAGGGAACCCCAACCUCAGUCUGAGGAUCUUCACCGCGCGCCUCUACUUCUGCGACAUGGAUCACAAGGCUGAGCCCGAGGGGUUGCGGCGGCUGCACCGCGCUGGGGUCCAAAUCGCCAUCAUGACUUUCAAAGACUAUUUUUAUUGCUGGAAUACUUUUGUGGAAAAUCACGAGCUGACUUUCAAGGCCUGGGAGGGGCUACAUGAAAAUUCGGUUCGUCUCUCCCGACAGCUUCGACGCAUUCUCUUGCCCCUAUAUGAGAUUGACGACUUACGAGAUGCAUUUCGUACAUUGGGACUUUGAUGCCAGCCUCUAAGAAGGUCAUAUGUGAUGAAACAUCUCUGUUGAAGAUAG